AUGGGGAUGACAGCCUUCGAGUUUCCCGGCGUUCAAGCUCUGUCCCGAACCCUUACUCCCAUUGCACUGACCGCUAAUUUAGAGAAACUCCCUCCCCAUCUUCCCACCUUGAUCAACUGGUUCAUCAUAUUCAACUUCGUCCAGCUCGUCAUUUCGCCGAUUAUAAGCUCUCUUGUUUCUACAACAUACCCCACCAUUAAAAACAAACAGAAAUGGCAUAUGCAUAUUAUUUCUCAAGUUCACGUGCUCGCCGUCCUUCCGCUCGUUCUGAGGUGCCUUUCAGCAGAGCCUUUAGCGAACGAUAAGCUGUAUGGGUGGGAUGAUAGGUUUGGGACGCUGAAUGCUAUUGCAGCCGCCUAUUUCCUGUGGGACACAUUGAAUGAGUUGAUUUUGGCGGACAAUCUAGGGUUCGUGCUGCACGGGUUCGCAUGUUUGGUGAUUUAUACGUUUACUUUUUCACCGUUCUUGUGCUAUUUUGCUACGAGAUGUUUACUUUGGGAAUCGAGCACUUUUUUCCUCAAUAACCACUGGUUCGUUCUCCCCGGUUCCACUCUUCUGACCCAGACUGAAGAAAAAGGGGGUAGGUUCCUGGACAAAACAAAACAAGCCGGAAGUACCCUUCAGCUUGUCAACGGGAUUCUUCUGAUUGCUGUGUUUUUCUGUGUGAGAAUCGUUCAUGGCCUGUGGACAUCCUACAACUUUUGGCGUACGAUAAUGGGUGCCGAUCUUCCCUUCGCGUUAUAUAUCGCCUACUGCACAGGCAACCUUUUGUUGAAUGGCUUGAAUUUAAUGUGGUUCAGAAAGAUGAUCCGCGUGUUGCAGAGGAGGUUCAACAACCCUCAGAAAAAUGAAUAG